GUACAGUACUUAAGUAGUUUUUUUGAGGAUUUGUACUUUACUUGAGUUUUUUUUUUAAUCAAGACUUUUACUUUUACUUCACUACAUUUAAAAGUUAAAAAAUAUACUUUUACUUAGUUACUUUGACAUUUGCCACCUCGUUACUCGUUACAAAUUAAAAUAAUCAAAAAGAUAUCUGGAAUGCGCGGGUCCGAGAGGACGAGUAGAACCACGUACGGUACUCUCGAGAAGAUUAAGGUGAAGGGCGGGAUCUAUGGGCGGGCGGGAUGUGCGUUGCGGCAGAGAUCUUCUUCAGCAUAUGUAAACAUGGCAGCCGCAGAGAAUGUCGACACGCAGGGGGAGAUAGAAGAUGGUUCAGCUUCGGCAGAAGACGACGGUCACCCGUGGUCAUACCUGGCAAUAAUGUUCAGCUACCUCGGGAUGGGGGAAAAUACCAAAACCUACCGAAUGAAAUGUAUGUUGUGCCUUCCAAAGUGCCACGAGAUAAAGGCGUUUAACAACUCUCCAUCCAACCUUAAGAAACACAUUGAGAGAGCACAUCCACACCAUCUAAAAAAGUAUGAGCAGCUGACUUCACAGAAAAGAAAGAGGGCUUCGGAAGCUGGGACCUCCACCACCAAACAGACCACCUUGCUGGAUUCCCGAUCCAUCUCUCAGAGUGCAGUUGACAGGGCCAUCGUUCAGUAUGUUGUCAACGGGCUCCAGCCAUUGUCAACUGUUGAAAAUGAAGCCUUCAGAGAGCUUCUGACAGAUCUCCUUCCUACUGCUAAAAUCAUCACACGGGUCACCCUGAGAUCAAGGAUUGAAGAUUUAGCAAAGGCAAUGAGAAAAGUGUUAACUGAGGAGAUGAGUAAAGUGGAUCACAUUGCCACCACUACAGACUGCUGGUCAGUUAGGAGAAGGAGCUUCCUUGGUGUGACUGCCCAUUGGGUGAACCCUACAGACCUAACUAGACGAUCAGCAGCCCUAGCUUGCAGACAGCUAAGAGGUUCCCACACCUUUGAUGUUUUGGCCACCGCACUUAAUGAGAUCCAUUCUGAAUAUGGCAUCACAAACAAAGUUGUGAGGACAACAACCGAUAAUGGCUCCAACUUCCUGAAGGCUUUUCAAGUUUUUAGUGUGGACAAAAACAAUAAUGAAGCAGAAGAGGAAGAGAAAGAGGAUGAGGAAGGGAAUGAGAUGGAGGAGGGAGUGGAAUUUGUUGACGUGUCUUCGGUCCUAGAUGAGAAUGAUGGCUUUCAGUUUGAGCUUCCAAAACAUCAAAGAUGUGCUUGUCAUCUACUCAACUUAGUGUCUACAGUUGAUGCUGAAAAAGCAACAGCCAACGAUGGAUACAAAAAACUGCAACGCUCAACAUUCAGCAAGUGUUAUGGGCUGUGGAAUAAGUGUGGAAGAUCCUGCCAAGCAGCUGAAGCUGUGGAAGAUGCCUGCUCCCUCCAGCUGCUAAGACCAAACGCUACAAGGUGGAACUCCAUGUUUAUGGCUGUGGAAAGGCUCCUCAAGAUUCUGAGAGAGAAGGGAGAGCCAGCUUUGAGAGAGAUCUGUGCAGAAUUGAAGGUUCCAAUGUUCCAUCCAGUUGAGCUCACUUUCCUCAAAGAGUACUACACCACCAUGAGCCCUGUCGCCCAGUCCAUCAACAUCCUCCAAGGAGAAAUGGAAGUCCAGAUGGGAUGGCUUCUUCCGACUAUUUCCCUGUUGAGCAGCAAAUUGGAAAAAAUAAAGAUCGCACUGAAGCACUGCAAGCCGUUGGUUGAAACCAUUCAAGCUGGCAUCCAGAACCGUUUUGGUGAAAUGUUAAGAGACCCUGAAUUGGUUGCUGCCGCGAUUCUCAUCCCAAAAUUCAAAACGGCCUGGAUCAAAGAUGAUGAUACACUGAAAAUCGGGUUGGACUACAUCAGGGAGCAGUUGGAGGAUCCUUCAGCAGAUGCUGGGUCUGGCUCAUCUGAUGAGGGAGACUUCUUCCACAUCCUGAAAAGUUCCCACAAAACACCACGCGCCACCAAACAGCUUGAUUCGUACCUGGCCUACACAACAGAUGACAUCAAGAUUCUCAAGACAUUUCCUGUGGUUCUCAAGUUAUCUGUCAAACUCAACACACCUCUGCCUGCUUCUGCAGCUUGCGAAAGGCUGUUCAGCAUAGCAGGUCUCAUCUUCAGCCCAAAAAGAGCACGGUUAGCUGCAAACACUUUUGAAAAUCAGCUUCUGCUGAGGAUGAACCGCAAGUUCAACUUCUCCACUUGAACCAGAAAGUUUGUGUGUGUGGUAGUGUGCCUCAGUUCGUGAGGAUUCCCCAAACAUAGUUAAAAAGUUAUCCUUGUGUUAAAUUUUGCAAGAUAUUGUUUAUUUUUUUGAGUUACAUUCUGUACCACAUUUCAUUCAACUGAAAAAGUGAAAUAAAAAAACAAGGGGAGAAUAAUUA